AUGCAGCCCCCCACCGGCCCCGCGCUGGCCUCUGCCCCCGAGAGCCCGCCGGGGGCGGCCCCGGGCUCGCCGCUGCUCCGCUGGCAGUGGCGGGAGGUGCAGGCGCCCUGCCUGGUGGCGGGCUGGAUCCUGGUGGCGAGUCUGGCCAAGAUCGUGUUCCAGCUGUCCAGGAAGGUGACGUCCGUGGUCCCAGAGAGUUGCCUUCUCAUCCUGCUGGGGCUGGGCCUUGGGGGCAUUGUUCUGGCCAUCGCUAAGAGAGCGGAGUACCAGCUGGAGCCCAGCAUGUUCUUCCUCUUCCUCCUGCCCCCCAUCGUCCUGGACUCGGGCUAUUUCAUGCCUAGCCGGCUGUUCUUUGACAAUCUCGGGGCAAUCCUGACCUACGCAGUGAUUGGCACGCUGUGGAAUUCCUUCGCCACCGGAGCCGCCCUCUGGGGCGUGAAGCAAGCGGGGCUGAUGGACGCGGGCGUGGACGCUGGCCUGAUGGACUUCCUGCUCUUUGGCAGCCUCAUCUCGGCUGUGGACCCUGUGGCGGUGCUGGCCGUCUUCGAGGAAGUCCACAUCAACGAGACCCUCUUCAUCAUCGUGUUUGGGGAGUCCCUGCUGAACGACGCCGUCACCGUGGUGCUGUACAAAGUCUUUAACUCCUUUGUGGAGAUGGGCCCCGCGCAUGUCCAGGCCACAGACUACCUGAAGGGUGUCGCUUCCUUCUUCGUGGUGAGCCUCGGGGGGGCGGCCGUGGGGCUGCUCUUCGCCUUCCUGCUGGCGCUGAUCACCAGGUUCACCAAGCGCGUGCGCAUCAUCGAGCCGCUCUUCGUCUUCCUGCUGGCAUACAUGGCGUACCUCGCCGCCGAGAUGGUCUCGCUCUCCUCCAUCCUCGCGGUCACCUUCUGUGGGAUCUGCUGUAAGAAAUAUGUGGAAGCCAACAUCUCCCGGAAAUCCCGCACCACUGUCAAGUACACCAUGAAAACGCUGGCCAGCAGCUCCGAGACCGUCAUCUUCAUGUUCCUGGGCAUCUCCGCCGUGGACACCUCCAAGUGGGCGUGGGACACGGCGCUGGUGCUGGGCACCCUGCUCUUCAUCCUGCUCUUCCGGGCCGUGGGUGUCGUCCUCCAGACCUGGGUGCUCAAUCGCUUCCGCCUCACGCCGCUGGACCGCAUCGACCAGGUGGUGAUGUCGUAUGGGGGCCUGCGGGGGGCCGUCGCCUUUGCCCUGGUCAUCCUGCUGGACAGAGACAAGGUGCGAGCCAAGGACUACUUCGUGGCAACGACCAUUGUGGUGGUCUUCUUCACCGUCCUCGUGCAGGGUCUGACCAUCAAGCCGCUGGUGAAGUGGCUGAAGGUGAAGCGGAGCGACCAUCACAAGCCGACGCUGAACGAGGAACUGCACGAGCACGCCUUUGACCACAUUCUGGCAGCGGUAGAGGAUGUGGUCGGUCACCAUGGUUACCGUUACUGGCGAGACAGAUGGGAGCAGUUCGACAAGAGGUACCUGAGCCAGCUCCUGAUGCGGAAAUCGGCCUAUCGGCUCAAAGACGAAAUCUGGGACGUUUACUGCAAGCUGAAUAUCCGCGAUGCCAUCAGCUUUGUGGAUCAGGGUGGUCACGUGCUCUCCGCCUCGAGGCUUACGCUGCCCUCCAUGCCCAGCAGGACCUCCAUGUCGGAGUCGUCGGUCACAAACCUCCUGAGGGAAAGCGGCAGCGGCGCAUGUCUGGAUCUGCAGGUCAUCGACACCGUGAGGAGCAGGAGGGAUAAGGAAGAUGCUGUGAUGCACCAUGUGUUAUGCGGGAGCCUCUACAAACCGCGCAGGAGGUACAAGGCCAGCUACAGCCGCCACUUCAUCUCCCCGAGUACCCAAGAGCGGCAGGACAAGGAGAUAUUCCAGCAGAACAUGAAGAGGCGGCUGGAGACCUUCAAGUCCACGAAGCACAACGUCUGCUCCGCCAAGAGCAAGGCCAGGCUGAAGAAAGAUGGCAGGAAAAAGCAGAAGAAGAGUGCCGCGAAUGCCGAGCUGCCCAACGGAAAGCCACCCAGAAGCGUUACCUGGCAGCAGACGGCAGCUGCCGUUCUAGUGGCGGUCGACUCCGACGACGAGGAGAGUGACAGCUCUGAGACAGAGAAGGAGGAGGAUGAGGGGAUCGUCUUCAUCGCUCGAGCGACGGACGCGAUCCUGCAGGGCAAGAAGGCGUCUGGCAGCCUGGACGUCUGCCCGAGCCCCCGCAUCAUCCCCCCCUCGCCCACCUCGGCGGAGAGGGAGCUGCCGUGGAAGGGUGACCGGGGCGACCUCGCUGUUUACAUCUCCUCAGAAACCACCAAAAUUGUGCCAGUCGACAUGCAGGCCGCGUGGAAGCAAAGCAUCUCCUCACUGGAGAGUGUCGCCUCCCCGCCCGGGGCUGAGCCAGGCCCGUAUGCCAAGACAGUGGCUGGCCCGGCGCCGGAGGAGAGACAGAUGAUGCCAGAGCCACGCAGCUGCUUUCAGUUCCCCAAUCCUCUCUUGAGGAGCAGCAGGCCUCAGAGCGCCGGCAGCCCGGAAAGGACGGAGCAGCCGGAGCUGCAGCCUUUGAUGGCUCCGGACGAGCAUGGCAGGAUGAGUACGGCUGCCGGACCUGGCAACAGCAGGUGGCUAAUUCAGUUCAACAGACCCGCCAGAUUUUCAGAUGGAUAGCACGCUCAGCCCUCGCUGCAGUGCGGCCGCUCGCCUGGAGCUAGCCACCUGGCUUCGAACCUCAUGGGGGCUGUCUUGGUAAAGCAGAGGACGCGCAGGCGCGGUCGGAGAGCUUGGGGACGGGGAGGCCUUUCAGAGCUUGGGCUCGCACUGGGCCUGCAGCGGCCGUCGGCCGUUCAAAACUCCAAGCAGGUGGGCUGGCUGCCUGCUGUAAUAGUGUCCGUGCCUGUCCCAGUCCCUCCGCGCAGUGGGACUAACCAGAUCCUAAACCCAGCCCUUCCAAACCCUAAAGCACAAGGGCCCUUUCCUCCCCGCCUGGCUGGUUGGUGGCUCAGUCCGUGGCCUGGCUGUCCCACGACAGCCGAUUUCUCACCCCCCCUCUGCAUCGCGAGAGCUCCCAGGCAGGGGGUGGGGGGCUGCUCCGCAGUCCCUGCUGCCCGUUCCCCAGCCGGCAGCAGGAGCAAGGAAAGGCUCUAGAGCAACGGCACCUCGGCGGGAGCCCCCAGCCUCGGCAUUGCUUGGAGUGACCCGUCCCGUGUCGCGAGUGGCGUAGUACGAGGGGCUGGGGCGUGCCUGCCUGCAGGGCGCCACAGAGACACAUCAGCCCAGCUCUGGGCGUUCGUUGCAACAGGGACCAGCCCAGCUCCUAGCUGGGUAAGGAGCUGAAAAUAAAGUGCAGGUGAGCAUCCCUCAAUCAAACACCAGCCCGGAGCUGAGAGCUCAGGACGCUUCCCUUGCCUCUUCCCAGAGAUUGCUGGAGCUCUGCGUGUUUAGAUCACCCGUGUAAAUGCCCCUCACUGGGGUGUCUGGGCACUGACGUAUACUAACCGAAAAGACUCCCAGCACAGUGGGCUCCACUCUUGCCCGCUCAGCGCUUAGUACUUGGACCCAGUACAUCCUGUGAGUAGCUUCUGUCAGGCCCUGUCUACACACAGAGUUAAUCUGGAAUAGCUAGUGGGCUUUCAACUCAUCCCUCCCUUAAUCCAAAUUAACAGUCACAUGUAGACGAGCCUGACUGGGGACGGGGUUGGUGCGGGAGGGACUUUUCACUAGGCACUGCAGGGGGCUGCAUGUUCCCAUCUCCACCGCACUGACGCUAUCCUGUCUCCAGCGCCCUGGAGCCUCACGCGGGGCUCUCCCAGUCCCUGGGGCUCUGCCCAGCACAAGGGCCUGGGGGGGCGGGGGAGGGCCCAGGCAGUUGGGCUGUCCUCUGAGUCAGGGUCAGGUUUAUCCCUGAGACACCCUCACAGUCAAACCAAGUCAGUCUUCCCUGGAGAUGGGUUGAGACCUUGCCCUGGGUUGGGGAAGCAGACAUAAGGGGGGGGAAGGAUGGUACAUGCCGCAGCUCUGCCCGCAUGAGACAGCACGCACGCACUCCUGCCAGAUGGGGCAGCAUAGAGCUCGUGUGGGCUCCGCCAACCCCUGGCUCCCUCUCGCUGGGCAUGGAUGCCCUGCUGGCCCCUGAGAGACGACUUGCGCUUUGCUUAUUUUCCUCCUCACUGAGGAAAAGCAAAAACGUCCUGGCCCAGGUCUGCACGCUGGCAGAACAGAACUGAGCUGUUGCUCCCGCUGUAUUGUGCAGAGCUUCAUUAGACAGUCACCUGUCUCCUUCCUUACCUGCUUUGAUGAGCAGGGAAAGAGUUAACCAAGUUGGCAGUUAAAUCCUCCCCAGUGGGGACUGGAGUUAACCUGCACUGUGGUGAACAGGGCGGCUCCCGCCUCCCAGGGCUGGUGUCGGGCUCUCUGCAAACGCCGGCUGACAGUGCAUCAGUUACACUGGGGUCCCACGUGGAAGGUUGGGGAGUUGUCGCACACCCGUGUGUGCUCACGCCCUCCCUUUGGGGCACAGGCUAUUCUGCAAGCCAGAAACUCACCAGUGACGUCAGAACGAAGCUGUACCCUGACCAAAGCCACAGACCUUUCCCCGGCGUACCUUUCCUGCCCCUUGCCACAAGCCCCCUUCCCAUAGCUCCCUCUUCCCCCGGAGCUUGCUCAGCCCUUUCUGGACUCACCCGGUGGGGUCUGACAUCCCCGGUCACUGUUCGGAAAGGGGCUCUGGCUGACGAGGGCAGGCUGGCUCCUGGCCCUGCCCUGGUACCGGGGCAUUUGGUCACUCAAGCUUUGGUUCUUGAGCAGGGUGGGAGUUGUGCUUACUCCGGCUCCCAGAUGGCCCCAGCUCGCGCCCUCACCCCUGAAGGCAGAGAGGCCUGACCUCAUACACAUCCAGCACCACAGGCUGGGGUUCUAACCACUAGAUCCCGCUGCCACCUUCAGGGAGUUGGGGGAGAGCAGCAGCACCGUUACAUCCCCGAGAAAUCCCCCCCCCCCCCCCGGCUUUCAGGCAUGCCUCCAGCCCCGUGCCAUGGGCUCCAGCCCCUGCUCUAGUCAGGGCUCACUGGUGCACCUUCGAAGCCUCCGGCCCUGCACUUGGCAAUGCGUGUGAUCAGUGAGCCGCCCCUCGGGGGCUGAUGCGCAAAUGUACCGGCUAAGCGGAAAGGCUCCGUUACAGCUGCAGCUUAUUCCCCUCGCAGCUGGCCCCAGGCAGAGCCCGUGUGCCAAGCGUGGCGCGUCCCAUGCCACCAGCGGGAACGGCGCCCAGCAGCCACCGCACCAGAAACAGGCCUGUCUCGCAAGGGGAAAGUGAGGGGCUGCCAGUGGGAGUUAACAGCAGGCCAGCAUCACAGCUGGGCCAGGGGCUCUCAAUCACAGGUACCCCCCCAGGGUAGACAGCAUCCUUCCACAGGACCCCAGCUGUCCUCUCCCCUGCCCCCAUCCUGCACGGAGCGCUGCCUGGGAGUAGUAACCCAUAGGGCAGGCUGGGAGGUGAGUGGGUUUGGUGCCAUUUCCGGUGGUGCUCUGGUACAGUUAGGUAACAGCCCACUCGUAACCUGGAGCUGCUGAGGGGACAGGCCCCUAAACCACUCUAAGCCGGCUGGCUCGAGACCGAGCAGACCCAGAGCAGAUUUCGUUCCUUUCUGGUCACGACACGGGCGGCCCCAUAGCAUUGGUCUCUGGAGCCCUUCUGUCUGCUCGCUUGCUUCAUGGUGUCCUCAGUGGAGGUGCGCUGCCGUACUUGGCUUAUGGGGUGGGGAGGGAGGGGGUUACAUUGGUUUGCAUUACUCGUACUAUAUGUGGGGUUUUGAUGAUUUCUGAGAUCAGGCCAUAAUGAAGCCUUUAGCUCGGUCGCGUUUUCUGCAGCAAAUGAUGAACGCGUGACUCUAUGAAUUGCAGUGAAUAUUGUUUUCUCGUGAAAAGACAUGCAGAGUAUUUUGUAGCUUGCAUUGGAAACAAUAAACGACUCCGCAGCCA